AUGUCACGACUCAAUAAUGACUAUAUUUCGAGUGACGAGGCCCUUGUAAAUGCCGACGAGGGCGCGACACAGGGAUUGCCCCUGCAAAGCCUCGACCACAGAGUUCAAGAGACGGAGCAUCCUGGUUCAGGCGAAACAUUGAGACCGCGCCAUUCGUACGAGGAUGAUGAUGAACCUGACGAUGAAUAUUUCAAAAAAUCCUUUCAUGAACACGAUGAAAGAGAGAGGCUAAGCGUAAGCUCAGCCGACAGUUUUACUCUAUAUACACCAGACGAGGAAAACGAAAUCUUGCGAAUAUUCAAUCGUCGGCUGGUAGCAUUCUCUGCUCUUCUUUAUAUGCUUAGUUUUCUGGAUCGUUCUAAUAUUGGAAAUGCUCGAAUUGCCGGUCUUGCAAAUGAUCUUCAUCUCGACUCCGCCCAAUAUGAAUGGCUUCUUACGGCGUUUUACCUGACAUAUAUUACUUUCGAAUGGAUGACACUCUUAUACCGUGUUGUUCCCGCUCAUAUCUAUGUUGCCGUUUGCGUCCUCUCAUGGGGAAUUAUAGCUUCAUUACAAUCUCUCGCAACAUCCUUUGCAUUUUUGGUUUUUUUAAGAGCUCUUCUCGGUAUUGGCGAAGCUGCGUUUGCCGGUGUCCCAUUUUACCUAUCAUUCUUCUUCAAGCGCGACGAGCUUGCCCAGAAGAUUGGUCUCUUUAUAUCAGCAGCGCCCUUGGCGACCUCUUUUGCCGGAACGUUGGCUUGGGUAAUCACCAGAGCCGCGAAAAAUGGCCCCAUUGCUCCCUGGAGACUACUGUUCCUCAUUGAAGGCUUUCCGAGUGUAAUAGCCGCGGCAUUCACAUAUAUCUGCCUCCCGGACGGACCUGGAAAAGCAAAAUUCCUGAACCGCCGGCAACGAAGAAUAGCAGAAUGGAGACUCAGGCGUGAGCAGGGUUCGGAUUCUCAGGACAAGGAUGCUCACAAAGGCCCCAGCUGGGGUGAAAUUGUCCAGAUACUCAAGGACCCGAAAUGCUAUCUCCCAGCUUUGAUGGCGUUUAGCUGCAACGUUGCAUUCAGUUCUAUGCCCGUUUUCCUUCCUACCAUUCUCACAGAAAUGGGCUAUUCCUCGCUCUCCGCGCAAGGGCUCGCUGCUCCGCCAUACCUCCUCUCGUUCAUUGUCGUUUUGAUAACGUCAACUUUGUCCGAUCGUCUCCACAACCGGAGCAUUUUCAUCAUCUUCCACAGCUUCCUGAGCUUCCUCGGAUACGCUCUUAUUACUGUGGCAGGUCUGCGCGGGUGGUCGGCAGGCUGGCGAUAUGCAGCCGUGUAUCCCGCAACUAUUGGGUUCUUUUCCGCGAUAACUUGCAUUAUCGCUUGGACAAUCAAUAAUCAAGACUCCGCGGUUAAGAAGGGCAUGGGCAUGACCAUUUUGAACGUGGUUGCCCAAUGUGGGCCCCUUAUCGGAACGAGACUUUACCCAGACGAGGACGGACCGCUCUAUCUGCGCGGUAUGAGCAUCUGUGCAGGAUUCAUGCUCUUCGUUGCUCUUCUCGCAGUAACGCUACGAAUGCUGCUGCUCCGAGAGAAUCGGAAAUUAGAUGAGCAGUCCAAAGCGGACUAUAUUCCCUUAGAAGUUCAAAAUUCUACAAUGAAUGUCGGAAACUCAGGGGCUCGGACUGAAACAACGGACCGUUCGAUACCUUUAGCAAGGAGAAGCGCAUCAUUGGAUGCAAAUUACAACCACACUCCGUCGGAAUCAGGCGAGCAUUUGUUUGGGAGCCGUAAAACUCAAGAAAGGGAUUUUGCGGCGGCAGAAGAAGGCCACAUACAUAAGCGUGACGGACGGAGGGAGAGCAGGUUUCGUUAUCUUAUUUGA